AUGAGUGAGGAUGAAAUGGAAGCUAACAAAAUGCGAAAUGCUCUUACUGCUAUCGCAAAUGAAAUGCAAAAGCUACACAGUGAAACUGCAUCUUCAAAUGAAACAGAAAAGAAUGAAAAUGGAGAAACUCUAAAUAAACUUAUAAAAUGCAAGACAAAUCUUAAUUUGAGAAAGAUUCAAAUUAAAAAACUAAAAAGAAAUCUCCGAACAGCAUGUGUCGUUGCUAAAACUAUGUCAUCAGCUAAGGCAGCCGAAACAGCAUCACUCAGUACCCAUUUAGAUAUCACAAGAAGUAAAUAUAUGGACUUAGUACACCAACAGAGUGAAAAAAAUGAAGUAAUACACCAAUUGAAUGGAGAAAACCGUGCUCUCCGUAAUCGGCUAGAUUUUUACAACAACAUUAUUCAAUUAGGCUAUAAAGAGUUACAAAAUAUGCGAAAUGAAUGCGAAGAAAAUAUUUCUUUUGCCGAACAAUUGAAACAUAUUAUUGUUUGCUGUGGACAGUAUUACGCAGAUCAUUUUAAUGAACAUGAGAGAUGUACUCGAUUAGAACAGAAAAAUAGGUUCUUGAAUACUAAAAUAGUCAUAAUGGAAAGUAAUUUGAAAGCAGCUACAGACGAACUCCGAAAUCUUCGUACUUGCAUAAAACCUUACCGUGAGAAAAGAGACACUCCAACAAAUUCACGGCAUUGCAUUGACGUGGUGUGUUCGGAGUACAAAAUGGGUUCUCACCAAAGAAACUUUGCAAAUGUAACCAUGACGUUUGAACUAAAUAAUUGCUCUUCACCACCUUCUAUGAAAGAUCUAGACCUAACCAGCCACUUAAAGACAGUUAAAAAACUUCUCGAUGAUCAAGAUAAUCUCAUAAAAGAUCUGAAAAGUCUUUCAAAGGGAAUAAAUGUUGAUGAAACAUAUUUUACUUAUUUUAUUUACAUUUACUUACAUCAUCUGUAA